UGCUCCUCCUCUCCCACUGCCAUGCACCGCCAGAAAUGAACGGCUUCCUCUUACGGUGAGUGCUCUGAAACCUAUCGUCCAACUUGUCGAGGAAUAAGCGGGGAGGAUGGCCAACUCGGCGCUGGAGCUCGUGGCUCUCAUCGUGACUCUCAUCGGACUGGUGGGAACCGCGGCGAGCACCGGGAUGCCGAUGUGGAGGGUGACAGCCUUCAUAGGGGAGAACAUUAUCGUCUUUGAGACCCGAUACGAAGGCCUGUGGAUGAACUGCUACCGGCAAGCCGACAUCAGGAUGCAGUGUAAGGUGUACGACUCCCUCUUGGCCCUGCCCCAGGACCUCCAGGCCGCAAGAGGACUCAUGUGCUGCGCUCUGGCUCUGGGGGCGCUGGGGAUGCUCUUCAGUCUGGUGGGGCUGCAGUGCACGUCGUGCAUCCAGAACAACGACCGCGCCAAGAGGCUGGUCCUCAUCCUGUCCGGGACCAUGAUCGUGAUGGCGUGCAUCUGCGUCAUCAUCCCCGUGUCCUGGACGGGCCAUGUCAUCAUCAGGGACUUCUACAACCCCCUGCUGAUCGACGCCCAGCGCAGGGAGCUCGGGGAGGCCCUCUACGUGGGCUGGGUGGCGGCUGCCUUUCUCUUCGUCGGGGGAUGCUUGUUUAUCUGCUGCAAUAUCCCGUCCGAGGAGAAGAGUCCGCAACGGUACAUCUAUACCCGGAACUCGGACUACACCAUGUACACCCCCCAGCCUCCACAGCAACUCCAGCCUCAGCAACUGGUGAUGCUUCCUCAACCGCAGCCCGUUCUAUCCAGAUACCCCUCCACCAACGGCACCUACCACUCCAGGUACCCCUCCGUACGCAGCGGCGUCGCUUAUCUCUGAACACGGACCCAGACAGAACUGAACAACCGUGCUUUCUAUUUAAAUCCAGGCUUCUAUGAAUGAAUAAUUGGUAGAAAUGUGAUCAUAUCAGUGACUGCAAAUGCCUGUGAAUGAUUUCUUUAUCUUGUUGUAUCUUGUUAAAAAUCUUGUUUAAAUAUCUUGUUUUUUUAUAUGUUAGCACCAUGCUUUUUUAUGACACAUAUGCAUGUUUGUGUAUUACUUUACUAACAAA